CGCCCCUCGCCCUCGCUGUCGCGUACUGGGCGGUCAGCUAGACCCUCGCUUACGUCUCCGCCCGCACCUACGCUUAUCAGGCCAUGGUGCUGACAGAAUGCGAUGGGCUCGUGGGUGCGGCUUAGCAUUGAUCUUCUCAGGCAGUCGUCAAAUCAUCCGAGAGAGGUAGCUGCAGCCAGCCUGACAAACCUCUUGUGCCGUGGGAGGCUGCUCCUUCUCUUCUUAUCACCACACCUCACAUCUUGUUCUCCACGCCGCUGCCCGCUAUCCCCGUCAUGCUCGCGCUCCUUUUUCACCUCACGCUCGCAGCUACCUUCGCUGUCCAGCCGGCCGUGGCUGAUCACUUCGUGUGCAGCUACAAGCCGGGUGGCGGAAGCCCUGUUCAGUACGGCUACCACGAAUACUGCCAUGCAGGAAUCAUAGACCACAUCAACUCUACCGAUGUGGCCAUUUAUGGCUGCGACCCAGGCUUCAUCGGCGGCCUGAACACAAAAGUAGCUGAGUGGUGGUCUCCUCACCGACAGCUACCCCUUGCGCAGAUGGUACUGGAUACGGCCGGGACAAGCACGAGAACUGCUACGGCACACUCUGGGCCGCAUGCCUUGGCGAUUCCAGUGUUGGCGACUGCUACUAUUGGGCGUCCAUCGAUGACUGCGAAUGGCCGCACACGAUAGAGUACACCGCCUUGCCCAUCAAACUCCAGGUUUGGUUCUGGAAUGGAAAGUAGGGUGGGCCUGAAGACGGCAUUGCACCCUGAGACGCUGCCUUGCUCUCUCAAAUGCAUCAGAGCGGAGUCGCCGUCGCCGCUUGCCUUUGCCCCCUGCGAGCUUCCGAUUGUCA